AGCCCUCAGGUGGAGUCAUUCCCUGUGAUAAGGCUGAGCUAGAAAUGACUGCUCCUCAAUUGUCACCAGAGGGCUGUAGGGGCACUUUCAGAUCAGCAUGAGGGAGUGUCUCUCCAUUCACAUUGGUCAAGCUGGUGUCCAGAUUGGUGAUGCUUGCUGGGAACUGUAUUGCCUGGAACAUGGAAUCCAGCCAGAUGGCUUUAUCCUGGAUGGUCAACACAAUCAUUUGGAAAAUCCUAAUAUGGAUCACAGGACUGCAUCUUUAGAUACCUUCUUUCAUGAGACAAGCGCUGGGAAGCAUGUGCCCAGAACACUUUUCAUGGACCUAGAACCAACCGUUAUAGAUGGGAUCCGUGUGGGGAAGUACCACUCACUCUUCCACCCAGAACAACUUGUGAAUGGAAAGGAGGAUGCUGCAAACAACUAUGCACGAGGUCGCUACUCUGUGGGUUCAGAGGUCAUCGAGCUUGUUCUAGAAAGGAUCCGAAAGCUGGCAGAGCAAUGCAGUGGACUUCAGGGAUUUCUGAUUUACCGAAGCUUUGGAGGAGGCACGGGGUCAGGAUUUACAUCUCUCUUGAUGGAGCGACUCUCUGUAGAGUAUUGCAAGAAGACAAAAUUGGAGUUCUCUGUCUAUCCAUCUCCUCGAAUCUCCACUGCGGUGGUAGAACCGUACAAUGCCAUCCUCACCACUCACUCCACCAUAGAAUACUCAGACUGUACCUUCAUGGUGGACAAUGAGGCUGUGUACGACAUCUGCCACCGCAAACUUGGUGUCGAGCGUCCUUCCUAUGCGAGUAUCAACAGGCUGAUUGCUCAGGUGUUGUCUUCCAUUACUGCAUCCCUGCGAUUUGAAGGACCUUUGAAUGUGGACUUAAUUGAAUUCCAGACCAACCUAGUACCUUAUCCACGAAUACAUUUCCCCACCACCACCCUCGCCCCCAUCAUCUCUGCUGAAAAGGCGUACCAAGAGCACUUCUCUGUGCCGGACAUCACUGCUUCUUGCUUCGAGCUCUCCAACCAGUUGGUCAAGUGUGAUCCCCGGCUUGGGAAGUACAUGGCUUGCUGCUUACUAUACAGAGGAGACGUGGUCCCCAAGGAUGUCAAUGAAGCAAUUGCAGCCAUGAAGUCGAGGACCUCUGUUCAGUUUGUAGAUUGGUGUCCAACUGGUUUCAAGGUGGGCAUCAAUUGUCAGCCACCCACAGUGGUACCAGGAGGGGAUCUAGCCAGGGUUCAGCGUGCUGUGUGUAUGUUGAGCAAUACCACAGCGAUUGUGGAAGCCUGGGCCCGCCUAGACCACAAAUUUGACCUCAUGUAUGCCAAGAAGGCAUUUCUGCACUGGUACAUCACAGAAGGCAUGGAGCUUGGGGAGUUUGAAGAGGCCAGGGAAGACCUGGCUGCUCUGGAAAAAGAUUAUGAAGAAGUGGGUCUAAGUUUCUGACGAAAAGGUAAUCAGGCAAAUGAACGCUGAGUUAAAAUUCUCAUGCUUUGUUUUCUAUAUACCUAGUGGAUAAGAGGAGAGCAAAAAUCAAAUCAGUAAGAUCCAAAGUUCUGCAUUAAAUUAAAUAAAUGUAUUAAUGUCAACAAUAAAGUAAUAUUUUCUUGUGUA